AUGAACUCCACAAACAGCAAAGAGAAGUUAGUUGUAGAGGUUGUAGCAGCUCACAACUUGAUGCCUAAAGAUGGAGAGGGUUCAUCUUCAGCAUUCGUGGAAGUGGAGUUUGACAACCAAAGGUUGAGAACACAAGUCAAGGACAAGGACUUAAACCCUAUUUGGAACGAGAAGCUGGUGUUUGACAUUAAGAACGUUGCAGAUCUUCCCUACAUGAACAUAGACGUCAAUGUUUUCAACGAGAGAAGGUCAAGUAAUAGCAGAAACUUUCUGGGUAAGGUCAGGGUUUCUGGUACGCACAUUUCUGAAGAAGGUGAAGGGAAUCCUGAGCUAUACACUCUUGAUAAAAGAAGCUUGUUUUCUCAUAUAAGGGGAGAGUUAAGCUUGAAAAUUUAUAUAUCCACUAGAGAGGUUAAGCAAGUGGAUUUUGGUAAUGGGGUUGUAGUCUCUCGUUCAGGUUCUACUCCUUCAGGGUUUUCAAAGAAGAACAAGAAGUUGCACCAGCAAAAUCCCGUUAUGCAAAUGCAGCAACAGCAUUUGGGUCAAGAGGUUAGCAAGUCUACGCAGCAGGGUCAAAACCAUGCAAAGCCUGUGGAGCCCAACCCAGGUGACAUUAAGCCUGUUGUGAUCACUACUGGUCCUGGUCCCGUCAUCAUGGGUGGUGGGGCCACCGUCGGCGGCGGCCGGGGGUUAGGUAUGCUCUUUAAUGGGUCUGGUGAGUUUUCUUUAAAAGAGACAAGUCCUGAUCUUGGUGGUGGUCCUCUGAACAAGGACAAAACUAGCUCUACUUACGAUCUUGUUGAGCAAAUGCAGUAUCUUUAUGUAAGAGUUGUGAAAGCUAAAGAUAUUUUAUUGUUCGGUGGUGGUGAUAUUGUAGCUGAGGUGAAACUAGGGAACUACAGAGGAAUCACUAAGAGGGCGGGUUCAAGCAACUUAGAAUGGGACCAAGUUUUUGCAUUCUCAAACGAUAGUAUACAGUCUUCAAUGGCGGAGAUUUUGGUCAAAGAAAGCAACAAAGAUGAUUUCUUGGGCAGAGUUUGGUUUGAUUUAAGCGAAGUGCCGAGAAGGGUUCCUCCGGAUAGCCAACUGGCGCCACAGUGGUACAGAAUGGAAGAUAAGAAGGGUGAUAAGGCCAAAGGAGGAGAAGUCAUGGUCUCAAUAUGGUUUGGAACUCAGGCUGACGAGGCAUUUGCAGAGGCGUGGCACUCAAAGGCAGCAAACGUGCAUUUUGACGGGCUUUGCUCGAUUAAGUCCAAGGCUUAUCUUUCACCAAAACUUUGGUAUUUGAGAGUCUCAGUUAUUGAAGCGCAAGAUAUUGUUCCAGGGGACAAAGGGUCUAUGAUGAUGAGAUUUCCAGAACUUCAUGCAAAACUGCAGGUGGGAAAUCAGGUUUUGAGGACCAGAAUCGCGGCGCCUAGCGCAACGAGGAGCUUGUCAAAUCCUUACUGGAAUGAGGAUUUUUUGUUUGUAGUUGCGGAGCCAUUUGAAGAUUAUCUGUUGAUUGCAGUUGAAGAUCGUGUUGCUAAUAGAGACGAGGUUGUGGGCAGAGUUUUUCUUCCUGUGAGUGCAAUUGAGAGAAGAACUGACGAUAAACCAGUGGUUUCUAGGUGGUUUAAUCUUGAUAACCAUUUUGGUAACCCUGCUGAUACCAAAGCUAUGACAGGAUUUGGGUCUAGAAUUCAUCUUAGCGUCUCUCUUGAUGGUGGUUACCACGUACUCGAUGAGACCACACUGUAUAGCAGUGAUGUUAAGCCAACGGCAAAACAGCUCUGGAAACCUCACAUUGGCGUACUUGAAACGGGCAUUUUGGGUGCAACAGGGCUUAUGCCAAUGAAGAUAAAAGAAGGGAAAGGAGGAUCUGUUGAUGCUUAUUGUGUUGCAAAGUAUGGUCAGAAAUGGGUUCGAACACGAACCGUGGUUGAUAGUCUGUCUCCCAAAUGGAAUGAGCAGUAUACUUGGGAAGUUUAUGAUCCUUGUACGGUUAUCACAAUUGGGGUGUUUGAUAAAUGCAGGCUUGACAAGAACAUGAUUAACAACAGUGGUGGUCGUGAUUCUCGAAUUGGAAAAGUCAGAAUCAGGCUGUCUACACUUGAAUCUGAUCGUGUUUACACUCAUUCAUACCCGCUCCUCAUGUUGCACUCUACAGGUGUGAAGAAAAUGGGUGAACUUCAUUUAGCUGUACGAUUUUCAUGUUCUAAUAUGGUCAGUAUGCUGCAUAUGUACACCAUGCCAUUGCUACCUAAGAUGCACUAUGUGCAUCCUUUGGCAGUGAAUCAGUUGGAGAGCUUGAGGUACCAAGCUAUGAAUGUGGUUUCAUCCCGACUUAGUCGGGCAGAGCCACCCCUGGGGCGGGAGGUGGUUGAAUAUAUGCUUGAUCAUGACUCUCACAUGUGGAGCAUGAGAAGAAGCAAGGCCAACUUUUUUAGGCUAAUGAAUGUGAUAUCUGGUCUUGUUACCAUUUGCCGUUGGGUGGAAUCUCUGCGCAAUUGGAGCAAACCGGUAUACUCAACCUUGUUUGUGGCAUCUUUUCUCACCGUGGUUGCAUUUCCUGAGAUUAUAAUCCCUUCCAUGUUGCUCUGUAUGUCACUUGUGGGACUUUGGCAAUAUAGGUCCAGGCCACGCUAUCCACCUCACAUGGAUACCCGGCUGUCGCAAGCUGAGAAUGUUUUCCCUGAUGAAUUGGAUGAGGAAUUUGAUUCGUUUCCAACGGGUCGAAAUGCUGAUAUUGUUAGACUGAGGUAUGAUCGACUAAGGAGUGUUGCUGGAAGGAUUCAAACUGUGGUUGGGGAUAUGGCAACUCAAGGCGAACGAUUUCAAGCACUGCUCAGUUGGAGAGACCCAAGAGCCACCUUCUUGUUUGUAGCUUUCUGCUUGUUUGCUGCUAUUGGGUUUUAUGCUGUGCCAUUUAAAUUGGUUGUUGUUAUAUGGGGGCUGUAUGAGCUGAGGCCACCACGAUUCCGGAGCAAAUUGCCUUCUCCAGCUUUGAGUUUCAUCCGGAGGUUGCCUUCAAAGGCAGAUAACAUGUUGUAGACCAUUAGCGAACAAGCCUGUUCAUGGAUAGUGGGGAUGGAUAUUUUGGAUAUAAUAUAGUGGAAUGUCUAAUGUUUAGGAUUUAAUCUAUGUACUUUUGUCUGCUGUUAUUUUUAGUUAUGUGUCUUGGGAGACCAAAUCCAUAUUUAAGGAAAUUAUGUACGAACCUUCAAGAGAAGCUGUUAUUUUUAGUUAUGUGUCUUGGGAGACCAAAUCCAUAUUUAAGGAAAUUAUG